GGGGAGAUACCGGGGACACAGAGCAUCUGCCAACAGGAGCCACCUGUUGGCUGUGGCAAGAAUUUUGCUGUUGGGGAGAGUCGGGAGCGAAGGGGGCGGCUGUGGUGGCAGCAGCUGUUCCCUGACCGCAGCCCUCCCGGCCACACAGGGCAUUUAAAUUUUCAAGCACACUCACUACAGCUCUUUUCUCCACCAUUCCCAUCCAGCUCACAGAGACCCUGUCCCCAGGAGCCACCAACCCACGAGAUACCCAUGGGUUCACUGGUGGCCAAGCUCCUUCUGCCCACCAUCAGCACCUUGGUCUUCCUCCCCACCAUCAGCAUCGCGGCCAAGCGGCGUUUCCACAUGGAAGCCAUGGUCUACUUCUUCACCAUGUUCUUCGUGGCGUUUUAUCAUGUAUGUGAUGGCCCCGGUUUAUCAGUGCUGUGUUUCAUGCGCUAUGAUAUCCUGGAGUACUUCAGCAUCUAUGGAACAGCUCUGUCCAUCUGGGUGUCCCUGAUGGCCCUGGCAGAGUUUGAUGAGCCAAAGAAAUCGACCUUCAUCAUGUUCGGCGUCCUCACCAUCGCCGUGAGGAUCUACCAUGACCGUUGGGGCUACGGUGUCUACUCAGGACCCAUUGGUACAGCUGUCCUGGUGAUAACCGUGAAAUGGCUACAGAAGAUGAAAGAGAAGAAAGGGCUCUAUCCAGACAAGAGUGUCUACACCCAACAGAUCGGUCCUGGCUUCUGUUUCGGGGCAUUAGCACUGAUGCUGAGGUUCUUCUUUGAGGAGUGGGAUUACACCUACGUGCACAGCUUCUACCACUGUGCCUUGGCCAUGGCCUUCGUGCUGCUGCUGCCCAAGGAGAACAAGAAGGCUGGGAGCGCCGGGACCCCUGCCAGGCUUGACUGUUCCACGCUCUGCUGCUGUGUCUAAACUGCCC